AUGGCUGCUUUGCGGCGUGGCUUUGCAAUCCUUGGGAGUGUGACACUAAGUGGAGUACCCAAAGAGAUCAGGAGGCAAUUACAGGAGCUUCAUAACCUGUACCUCGAGAACGAGGAGGCUAUUAUGAGUGAGGAGGAUGAUCGGAGUAGCGAGACUGACCCGGACCCUGAAGUUACGAAUGUUGCAAAUGGCCCUCAGGCAACGCAUUAUACCACUCAUAGCAAUCGAACAGCCGCGGAAGACAGUUCGCAGAUGAACCCCCCUCCGACUCCCUAUUUUUCUACCGAAGAAAAAGACCGCUCUGCUCGACCAGCGGACAGUGAAGUCAGCAUUCCCUCGCUGGAACUAGAUCGUCCGUCUUUUACGUCUUCUCCUACUAUGGAUUCGGAAUUGUGGCACAAGAGAAAGGGCACUAUGAAAGAUAUCACUGCUGCAAAGCAUGUUGAUUGGAAAUGGGGACCUCUUUGUACAGCCGUGGAUGUAAAUAACUUCUAUGAAGAUAUACGGAGACACACACGUCAAUGA